AUGGACGUUCUUGGUAAAAUCGUACAAGGCACUGGGUGCGCUGUAGAUGGCACCGUAGCAGCGCAGAAUCCUCUAUCGCGUGCACUAGAUAACUUCGUGCAAUCACAUGUGCGUAAUGUCCCUAGACCCGGGUCCGUGCCGUCAUAUGGCAUGCGCAGUGAGUUGCAAAUGCAAAUGCAGCGUUCCAACGUGCAAAAAGCUGAUGAACAAUUUUUGUCGGCCUUUGAGCAUGAGGCUGCCAGUCGCUCACGCAUAGAGGCCGCUUAUUGCUCAGGUGAGAUGAAGCAGCAAUUUACUUCCUCCCAGCAAGUUUCCAUGGAAAAAGCUUUUCAGGAAGCUCAGCGCACGCAAUUUCAACAAAAAUCGCAACUUAUAAUGGGCAUUCAUACGCCGCACUCACGUACCAUGCAGCAUGAAGCAUGGGUUACAGAUUUUCACUCUUACAAUCUUCACAAAGCCUGGCAGAGUGCUGACAAGAGCAAUCGUGAAAUUGUGGGGAUACAAGGCUAUGCACCAAGGCCUGUGCUGCGACAGUCCUUGAUCCCCACUGAUCACAAUGAAACUGAGCAGAUGGGAAUUUCUUCAGAGCAGAAAAUGCAGGAGACAAUGAAAAAAUUGGAAGCGCAACAGGCGUCUGGCCAUAUGGCACGCAUUAUGAGCCAAAAUUUGGAUCCUAAGUUUCAAAACAGUCAAUUUCUUAAAUUUAUGAAUCAGGUGAGCACGGGCGAGGUGCAAAUUGACGAGGAAAAAAAUGAAGUCAUUAGUGGCGAGCUUAAAAUGGAGGGGGCACUGGAAAGAGCGUGGGCAGACACAUCGGGUGUGCAUUCAGAUCGAGAUCUUUUCUUUGAUAGUUGGAAACAAUCUAGUAAUGCAUCGACGGCGGUCAUGGAGAAAGCUUUUGCAGACGCUCACGCGCAGCCGCUUGAAGAAGAAGUUCAUGCACUGGGCGCUGCUUCUACCGUGAACUUGAGUCAGGCAUGGGGGGAUUCCAUAUCAAAGGAAGAAACAAUGUUGAACAGCGCGUGGGGUGAAAGUGACAAACUAGAGGCGAUCUGGAAUAAGGCAAUGACUGAAGCGCAGAUAACGGAUCCAUUCGAAGAUGCGUGGGAUAAUUCUACUCAUCAUAACUAUACAUACAAGGCCGAAAAUCCAUAUAUGGACCUGUCUGAAAAUUUUCAAAAGGGGGUCGAAUUUUUCAAUUCAGGCUAUUUGAAUGACGCAAUCUUUGCAUUUGAAGCCGAGGUGCAGCAACAUCCCGAUAAUAGCGAAGCUUGGAGAAUGCUUGGCGAGUGCCACGCAGAAAACGAUGAGGAUAAGAGCGCCAUAAUUUGUCUAGAACGUGCGGUGGAGGAGGAUCCUUACAAUUUAAGUGCGCUUCUGGCUCUUGGAGUUAGCAAUGUGAACGAAUUAAAUCCACAAGGUGCCUUGAGAACGCUGAAAGCCUGGGUGCAACACAACCCGAAAUUUCAUGGUCUGAAAAUUCAGGUGGAUGAUUAUAGCGACGGAUCGUUGAUGGACGAAGUGAUGCAGCUCAUGCUUCAGGCACGUGCUCACGACCAUAGCGACUCAGAUGUGCAAGUUGUCUUGGGUGUCUUGUACAAUGUUUCUAAGGAUUACGAUGCAGCGGUUGAUAGCUUCAAAGCUGCAACAAAAUUGCAACCUAAUGCGUAUGCGCUGUGGAACAAGAUUGGAGCAACGCUAGCGAAUUCAGCUCGCUCGCUCGAGGCUAUUCCUGCUUAUCAUCGCGCAUUAGAACUGAAGCCUCGCUAUGCUCGUGGGUGGCUUAAUUUGGGAAUUAGUCACGCUAAUUUGGGGGAAUAUGAAAAGGCUACGAAGUGCUACCUACAGGCGCUGUGCUUGAAUACUCGCGCAGACCACAUCUGGAGCUAUUUAAGAAUCUGUUUCACAUGCAUGGAACGAUUCGAUUUAGUAAAGAUUGCUGAUACCAAAGACAUUGCCCAUUUUCGUCAAGAAUUUAAGCUCGUUGAUCUGUGA